UUAAAACUCUCAUUCAAGCCAAAGAUCGGUUAGUUGGAAGUGUUUGACCGCAACUUACAUCCCUGCACUUUCACAAUGAUCAGUUACCGUGCAGCGUUCUAUCCUAAGAUAUAAAUGUUUAAUUUGCUUUAGAUCGAGGAGUACUGCAGCGCUAUCUGUAUUGUUACGUUAUCGGAAAUAUAAUAUUCAGAAAUGUCUGCGUCGCCUGACCCAACGUUUGAGCAAGGUAGCAUGAACGGUUCGGCACUGGGCCUGCCCGUUCCCGGGACAUUGUCGCAAAAUGCUCUUCAUCCCGCACUACUGCUACGGGCAUCCGAGCGCUAUCAGCGAACACCAAAAUGCGCCCGCUGUCGCAAUCACGGUGUUGUGUCCGCGUUAAAAGGGCAUAAGCGAUAUUGCCGGUGGAAAGAUUGUCUAUGUGCGAAGUGCACACUGAUUGCCGAACGACAGCGUGUAAUGGCAGCGCAGGUGGCUCUGCGAAGACAACAGGCACAAGAAGAAUCGGAAGCGCGCGAGAUCGGCUUGUUAUAUGCCAGUGGUGCACCGGGACUUUUUCAGGCUAUGCAACAAGCGAAUGGCAUAACAAUGUCCGCCGGCGGACAAAACGGCCAUUUCCGACGUGAUCCUUCCAGGAAGCAUCCCGACAGCGAGGCUGGAUCAGAUGACUCGGAAAAUGAACGAACCAGUCCAGAACCGACAAAGAAACCACUGGCGAAGAAGCUAAAGAAUAGCGCCGUACGAUCAAUGGCCGAUAUGCUCGACAGUGUCGCGGUGCCUGCGCGUGUCAACGCGCAGGAAAGGUCACUGGAGCCGGAAGAUAGUCAAGAGACGGUUAAACGGGAGGAGAAAGAUAAGUCCAAAAGUCCGGAACGAACGGAAACGCCCAACAGCCACGGCAACAGCGAGGAUAAUGUAUCGGACAUCGAGUCCGAUUCCUCAAAAGGCGAAUGCAAGAACACGAUGUUUAGUGCUGCUCGGCUACACAAGAAACGCGAUCCCUUAGAUGUUCUGGUGCGACUGUUUCCCACGCAGCCGCGCCCCGUGCUUGAAAUUGUUCUACGGGAGAAUCAUGGUGAUCUCUUACAAGCCAUUGACCACGCGAUGAAUAUUCAGAACACUAACGCCAAUUCCACCAUGCAGCCCAGCCCACAGCAUCCGACAGCCGGACCGAUGCCGUUGAAUCCCGGCUUCUUACCGCGUAAUCCCUUUUUUUCGCGCUUCUAUCCGCCUGUCAAUAUGGAAGCCAUGAAAUCGGCCUUCUCGCCCAUUCACAUGGUGCAUCCGGGGUCCGGUGGACUGCCACGCUUUCCCGCCGACCAACCGCUUCUAACAUUUCCUUAUUUGGGCUUCCGGCCACCCGGAAUGGAAUACCCGUUUCAGUCGACCGGUAGCAAUUUGAGUGAGGUGGGACUACUAUCGAAGAAGAAGUAACAAACACAUAUUAUCCUGUGCAAACACAUUGCGCAUGUUUGUUUGGCGCUAAAAUUAGGCAGUGGUUACUUUUGGAUCGGUGGAGAAUAUGUCGACUUAGCAGAUUGCAGGUGUCACUCUAACUCCAAUGAGUAUGUAUUUAAAUUUUCAGUUUGUGAAUGUAUCCACUUCUUUAAUCCACAUAACUUGUGUAUCUUAUUUUAUUUCUGUUUAAAGUGUCACUAUGGGAUCCAUAUCUAUAAACUUCGAUGUGUGUUUUGUAUGUAGCUCGUAUUGUAUUACACGGUAAUCACACGGUGAAA